UGUAUUUUGUUAACAUGUUUACGAAUUUCAUUGCUCCAAAAAAUCAAUAUUCAGAUUGAUUCCAUUGUAAAGGCGAAACAGAGGCUGUUGUCGCAAUGAGCGCUACGUUCGUGAGCAUUGCUGAGGAAGAUUUCUUCGGUACGGUUAUUCGCUACGGACUGUACGCGGGUGCAAUAUUUCAAAUGAUUUGCCUGGCUGCUUGCGUCGUGCUGCCAGAUUCUUCCGGAAAUGGAGAUGUCCUGAAUGGAUCCAAGACCAAUGACAGCGAGGAUUCCAGUUCGGAACAUUCAUCACCCCAGAAUACGCCAAGACGUCCGUAUCACCGGAGCCGAAAGCAGGACAAGAAAAAACGACGUUGAAUGUCGAAUUUUGGACCCACCUGUUAAUCAGAGUGUGAAGGCAAUUAACUUAUACCCAUUUGGUGUUGCUGUGAUAUUCGUUAUCAUUUGCAUUUACGUGUUUUUUUAUAUUUUAUUUAUUGUCGUACCAUCCAGUUUAUCCUAACACCGAGUCACACGCGUUCAGAAACAGGCAUAUAUUCAAUGAUUUUGUAACUUUACUAUAAGUGAAAAUGAAAUGGAAAAAAAAUUAACGAAAAAAAUCUCAACAACAUAUAUAUUAUACUGUAACUAUCUAUUCGAGGGAAAAUGUUUUAAUGUUGUAUUGCCCGGCGCAAUAAAAAGGAAACAAACCGCUUGACUCGA